GUUUGUUGACAAACUGAAAUAAUAAUGAAAGCGUUAUCGUUAUCGAAAAUCAGAACAUUUUUCGCAAUUUUGUGAAUUUCAUUUAAAAUUUCUUGUGUGAAAUGUAAGCUAAUUGUUAAAAAACGUAAUUCUUUAUUUAGAAAGUUAAUAGUGCCGUAUGUAACUGUGAAAAUGCCUGUCGAUAUUAACAGAUUGACGGAAGGAUGGCUCGAACUUGAGAGUGAUCCUGGGUUGUUUACCUUGCUUUUAGAGGAUUUUGGAGUGAAAGGAGUGCAAGUGGAAGAAAUUUAUGAUCUCCAAAAACCUAUUGAUGGCCCCGUCUAUGGAUUCAUUUUCCUGUUCCGGUGGAUAGAGGAGCGGCGAUCCCGUCGCAAGGUUAUCGACCAAAGCGAUCUUUUUGUCAAGGACGAAGAAGUUGUCAACAACAUUUUUUUCGCUCAACAAAUGGUUCCAAACAGUUGUGCUACCCACUCUCUCUUGUCAGUAUUGUUGAAUUGCCCAAAUAUUCAUUUAGGUGAAACCCUUAGUCGGCUAAAAGCUCACACAUCUGGAAUGUGCCCGGAAAAUAAAGGAUGGGCUAUCGGUAACACUCCAGAACUUGCGAAAGCACACAACUCUCAUGCCAUGCCUCAAGCAAAGCGACGGUUAGACAAAUCUAGCAACACAGUCAGCACUGGAAGGUACACAGGUGAGGCAUUCCAUUUUGUGAGCUAUGUUGCCAUUAAUGGUAGACUCUUUGAACUUGAUGGUUUGAAACCUUAUCCCAUGGACCAUGGACCGUGGUAUGAAAAUGAAGACUGGACCGAUAAGUUUCGUAACAUCAUCGGAGAUCGAUUAGGAAUAACAGAUGGCUCUCAGAUGACAGACAUUCGAUUCAACCUGAUGGCAGUAGUUCCUGACCGAAGGCUAGCCCUCACUUACAAAUUAAACAUGUUGAAAACUAACAGACAAAUAGUGCUGGAAGCUCUUCAACAGCUUGUUAAGAGCAACAGAUCCACAUCACCUGAAGAUGCGAAUCGACCCAACAGUAGUGCUUCUGAAACAAGUAAGAAGGAUUCCUCCUGCGAAGAAAAAGAACAGUACAACCUAGACAGUAGUGCUUCAAUCGAAGAUGUAUUAGAUUUGGCCACACCAAACAAAAUACAAGCAAACUACAUGACGCCGUCAAAAAAUCUGAACUCAUCAGACCCAAGCGGUGAAAAAUCCUUGGAUAAAGAUACGUCGAUUGCCAGCGAUAAUCAGAAUAAUCUAUCUAAAAUAUCUCUAGUUAUCACUCCUCCUGAGAAUCAAACAGAUUAUUCUUUGCCAUUAACAAUUCAAACAUCACCAGCUCCUAGCACCUCCAGUACUGAUACUUCCUCUGAAGUUGGAUCUGCUUUUAACUCACCGGGUCAAAGCAGUCCAACAUGCUCAAAAGACUUCAAAAAAUUUGUUGUCAUACGGGUUGCAUUAGGUGGCAUGCAUGAGGAUAAGUCAAAAAAAGACUCAGGUAUCAAAAAAGUUUGUUUGGAGGCAGGUGCCUUGCCUCAAGGCUGGGAAAAACCUCCUUCAUCAAAAAUAGGCCUAAACUUCAAAACGUCUCCAACAAUAUCAAACACUAACCUGUCCCCUAAAUGUGAUAAAAUAAAUGAGAGUGAUAGCCCCUGUAAAAAAACUCCUGAAGCCCCUAGUCAUACGUUUGCGCCUAAAGACUUGCUAGCCCUGGUGAAAAGCCUUGAAGGUGAGAUUUCUAUUUGCGAAGGUAAUCUUAGGGAUGAGAAUGAAAAAAGGAAAAAGUAUAAAAUUGAUGACUGUAGGCGAACUCACAAUUAUGAUGAGUUUAUUUGUACGUUUUUGUCCAUGUUAGCUCAUGAAGGUACGCUUGCAGAUUUGGUUCUCCAGCAACAACAGUGUUUUAUUCGAAAACAGCACUCGGGUGCAGCUCAUUCAAACAAUUCUUUAAGCAACAACAGAAUAAGGAUUAGACAUAAAAACAUCAAUAAAAAGAAAAAAGCAGGGACGAAAUAUAGGAAAAGGAAGUGAAUAUUCCUACUCCUGGAAUAAUUGUAGGUUUUCUCCUGAGUUUCAAGAUGCCAAAGAUAUCUUUCAUUCGCCAUCGAAGGAUACAAAAUUAGCAUUAGCUCUUACAAAUCUAUAAUUUCAAUGUUUUAGCAUUCAUAUUCAUCAGGAUGAAAACAAAGAACUUCAAAACAAGAGUUAAUUCAAAUCUGGUAAAUUGAAAGUUAUUGUAUGUGCAUGGUGAAUUCAUUCAUCAUGUGAAAAUAACAAGUCCAAUUGACUUAGCACCAAUUUUUUUUUUGGUUAGGCAUUCUUCAAAGGACAACUUUUGCAAACCUUAAAAAAAAUUCUGUGAUGAAACUCUGGAAAUGAAUCCAUACGA